AUGGCGCGCGUCCUCAGUGCCGUUGCGACUGGCAUGGGCUUGCUUACUGACAAGUACAUGCUCGGCGCCACGAACUUUGUUGAGCACUACGCGCUUGAUUUCCAUGCCACCGAUGCGCAAAAGGACUUUGUGAAAGCUGCUAUGUACGGCGGGGCGAUUGUGGGCAUGCUUGUUAUGGGCCCAGCGUCUGACUACAUUGGUCGCCGAAUGGGGCUUAUUGGCUGCUCCCUCAUCACGUUGGCUGGCGCUAUUCUCUCCGCCUUAGCCUGGAGCGAGAAUACGCUCAUCGCAGCCCGCAUCAUCACUGGAAUUGGCAUGGGCGGUGAGUAUCCACUGGCCUCAUCGCAUUCCGCUGAAUCUUCAGAAAAGACAAGCGACGGUGCUCGCAAUGUUGCCUUGCUCUACCUCUUCGGAAGCGGCUUUGGUCAAGCACUGUGCCCAAUGGUGACAUACGCCAUGGACGUUGCUGGUGUCCCCCACGAGAUGCUUUGGCGUUGGAUCUUCGGAGUUGGCGUCAUUCUGUCGGCCUUGGGCCUGGUUUUGAGAUACUUGACCACCAAGGACAGCCAGAAGUUCGUGGAAAGCAAGGAGGCAGAGCACAAGCAUCACGACAGCACGUGGACGAUUUUGUCUCCGUAUUGGAGGGCAAUCCUGGGUACUGCUGGCUGCUGGUUCUUGUUCGACGUUGUCGAAUAUGGUUUGAAGCAAAAUGAUGCCGCCAUCUUCGAAAAAGAUGCUGGAGGACCAUACUCCGACAGCAUCCUUCAGGUCUUGUGGAGCCGACUCCUGGUCAUCCCCUCGCUGAUAUUUGCCCCCUGGUUCUUGACGAAGACUUCCAGCAAGCGAGUGCAGUUCAUCGGCUUCUUGGGAUGCGCCAUUGCCAAUCUUGUCUUGGCAGUUGCCUACAAAGAGCUGCGAGAGAUGUCUGUUCUGUUCUUCACAUUCUACAUUGUCCAGCUAUCCUUCCAGAGCCUGCCGGGAGUCACCACAAUGGCGAUCUCUGCCGAGAUCUAUCCCAGCAUGGUCCGCGGCACUGGUGCGGGCAUCAGUGCGGCCUUCGGAAAGCUGGGAGCUACUGUUGGCUCGUACUUUUUCUCU